CCGAUCAAUCGUUCCUGUGCAAUCGGAACGACACAUCGCUUGUUCGGAACGGCUUCUCGCUUGCACAGCACACAAAAAUUCUCUAUAUCUUUGUGCGACCGAGUGAGGCAUGAAUGGAAGCGAGAACGGGAACCACAGGCGACGGAGGGCUUCGGCCACGGGGUCAAUGCCGGAUGUCAAGGUCUUUUUGUCCCGACCGACGUAUCCCCUGGGGGGGACCGUCGUCGGGACCAUCCUGAUCCAGCAGAAGGGACCGCUUCCGCUUCCGCUCCCGUCCGAGCCGAGCGGCGAAGGGGAGGACGGGGAGGACGAGGCUGAUCUUCAUCCCCUGAGGGCCAUCCUCGAGUCCGUGACGGUCUACGUGGCGGGCUUUUGCAAGAUCGAUUCCCGGUGGCACGAUUCCAGGGACUACAAGAAAAUAUACGGCAAGAUGCACCCGUACCUGGAGCUCCUCCAGCAGGACGAGCUCACCUUUGACGCGGAUCUGCUGGAGCAAAGCGAGGACACGGUGUGCAUCUGGGCCACGAACGGGAUGGAGGCCCUGGACCUGCCCGAGCGGACCGAGGGGAGGCGCUGGGGCGGGAGCGACGCGGACUUUCAGCGCGGUCUGGGCUACGACGGCGACGAAGACAGCAAGUCGAUGGGCGACAGCGGCAACGACGACGAAAGCGACGACUGCGGGGCAGCCUCCGCUAUCGGGAGAAACGUUUUGGCCUUUACCUUUCGGGUGGACAUCCCGUCGGAUUUGCCCCACUCGGUCCACGCUACGACGUGCCGGUAUUAUUACAUGGCCAACGUUCUGAUCAAGACCAAGACUCAGCAGCAGAUUUUGAAGCGGGGUUUCAAGGUGGUCACCGGGAGCAGCGGCCCCGACGACGGCGACGAGCAAAACAAGCGGCAGAUCCAGCGGGCCCGCGUCCGGUUCGGGGAAUGCGUCGGGGUGGCGCACUCCAACGGUCUCCCCUGCCACCUGUCGUCCACGGAGAUCCACCGGCCGCGGGGCCAGCUGGUGGUCGAACAGGACCACUGCCUGGUCCAGCAGUAUCAGCCAAACGCGGACGUCCGGACGAUGCGGGUGACCAACGCCACGGGGCGGCCCGUCUGCAUCCUCACGGUGAUUGGCUCCCAGAGCCUGUCGCCCGGCUCCCGGGUCCACCUGCAGUGGGAUUUCCCAAAGGUCUUGCUCAGCAACCGCGAGGUGGCCAUGCGGACCCGGAGGAGGAAAAAGAACUCCCUCGACGGCAACAGCAGCGACAUCAACGACUACUGGAUCCCCUGCCACCAGGUCUGCGCCUGCCUGCAGGGGGAAGAAUACGCUGUGUUCGAGGACGACACCAAGACGCGAACCCAGUCCUUUCUCUUUGACGCCUGCCACGAGCGCGUCGAGCCCGGCGUGACGGACCGGAUCACCAAGACGCUGUGGCUGAGCAGCGCCGGUACGAACAGCGAGGACGGGAACGGAAGCGACAACACCAGUUUCUUCGAGGGUGGCACCCCCCCCUGCGACCUCAAGACGGACGUGAUGGAGGUCUCGACCUGGUGCAAGGUCGACAUUACCAUUCCGGACCAACAGAACCGGCGGGACAGGUACAGCAACCUCAGCCUGACCAUCCCCUGCAGGGUCCGGCACCACCGCUCGUCGGAAAGCGAGCUGGAGGACCGCGACGCCCUGGAGCAGCCGGUGGCACCCCUGCACGAGCUGCUCUUUGGGGGCGAGGACUCCCUCCCGGCCACGGCCGCCGCCUUUCCGAAAGCGGACAUCCGCUCCGACCUCAAGGUCCUGUCGCUGGCUCUGGAGGAAGCGGUGGCGGGCGGAAGCACAAGCUUAAGCGCAAGCCGGAGCGGGCACGGGGGGUUGGAGCAGCGAACGGAAGCGCCGAUCGGACGAAUCGACGAGUAGCGUAGCCUAGCCUAGCCUAGCGUAGCCCA